AUGCAGGCCACCCUUGGUGAGUUAGGGCAGGAGGUGCCGGUUUUCCUGGGUCCUGCUGUUCUCUCAUUAAGCAGAACCUGGAGGUUGCAGAUCAGUGGAGCUGGGAAAAGGAGUCCGGGGGCAGAGAGGCUCCUCUGAUCUCCAGGCUUCCUGACCAUCAACUUUUCACCCUCUUCCCAAAUGUAAAACUACCACACAGAAGCACAGUGUAUGAGUGUGUUCGUGUGUGUGUGAAAGGGUUCAUUGCUGGGACAACCCACACCUCAUUAAAACUUGCAAUCACGGUUAGUGGAAGGGACCUUAGGCUAGUUAGCCCAGAAUCAGAAAACCUGGGCUCUAAUCUCAGCCUCAUGACUGCUUUGUGACCUCAGGCACACCUGCUCUUAUGAUGUCCCUUCCUCUGUGAAAUGAGGGAAUGUGAUAGAUGAUCUUUGAAGCUAUAACUAGCAACAAGCCCUUGCUGCUUUGAUUCUUGCUUGAAGUGAAGGACUUGAAGCAUGUGUCUGCAAGAGUGGGGAGAGGUGAGGCAGGAAGGGCAAAGAAAUCCAAGUAUUCUAUGCCCAAGCACCAGCAGAGUUCAGCACUAAGAUAGGAUACUUGAGCUGUCAAUCAAAGAAUUCCCUAGGCAUUGAGGGCGGUACCUGGUUGUCUGGUAACCCCAGGGGCUCUGAGCUAAGAGCUGAGAGAGGUAACCCUAGCCAGAGGGACCAUUCCAGAAAGUCAGCUACAGAGAAGAUCAAAGAAGCCCUAUGUCUUCCCUCAACACUGAGGAUACCCCCCAAGAACCCUCGCUCUCGUCCUCAAGCUCCAAGAAGAAAAAGAAGAAAAGAAAGUGGCCUCAGCAAGAGGCCACCAUCCAAGCCCUCACCAGGGCUGGCCACAGGGCCCUAUUGGCUGGCUGGAACCAUGAGGCCUUGACCAGCUUCCAGAGGGCCUUCCUCCUGGCUUCCAAGUCACCACAAACCAGAGACACCCCUGUUCUCCGGGCCUGUGCCUUCAACCUGGGGGCUGCCUAUGUGGAGACUGGGGACCCAGCCAGAGGCCUUGAGCUGCUCCUAUGUGCUCAACCUCAAGAGACGGCCCAGGGCGGGUGUCGUGGCGACCAGUGUUUCAAUGUGGCUUUGGCCUACCAUGCCCUGGGUGACCUGCCUCAAGCUUUGGCCUGGUACCACAAGGCCCUGUGCCACUACCAGCCACUAGGUGACCAGGGACAAGCCCAGGCAAAAAUGGGAGCCUGCUACCGAGCUCUGGGACAGCCUGGGCUAGCAGCCCACUGCCUGCAAGAAGCGGGCCGGGCCUUUGCCCAAGCAGGGCAGCCCCAGGCUGCAGCCCUGACACUGGGGGCUGCAGCGGGGUGUAUGCUGAAGAGCGGGCAGCAUGGGGUGGGUGAAGUCAUGCAGGUGCUGGAGGAAAGUCGGAGGCUUGCUGAGAGAAGCACUGAGCGGGGACUGCUGGGGCAACUCUAUAACGAUCUAGGCCUGGGCUACUCCCAGCUCCAGCUGUUCCCGCUAGCAGUAGAGGCCUUCCUGCAAGCCCUGCCCCUGUGCCGGGAGCCAGGAGAGGAGGCCACGGUGCUAAGGAACCUUGGGAUGGCCCACAAUGCCCUCGGCAACUAUCAGGAAGCCCGGGAGUUCCACCAGAAGGCUGCCGACCUGCACGGCUCUGUGGGGCAGCGGAGGGAGCAGGGCUGGAGCUUUGGCAGCCUGGCAUUUGCAGUGAGCCAGCUGGGAGACCACAAGGCCGCCAGAGACAACUACCUACAUGCUCUGCAGGCUGCCCGGGACACUGGGGACGUGAAGGGGCAAUGGCAGGCCUGUGAGGGUCUGGGGGCUGCUGCAGCCAGACUGGGACAGCAUGACCAGGCUCUGAAGUACUAUAAGGAAGCGCUGGCCCGGUGUCCGAAGGAGUCAGAUUCUGUGCGAGAGCGGCUGGUGGCCAAGCUGACAGAUGCCAUAAGGACCCACUUGGCCCGGGGUGGGCUGCUUCCGACUCACACCCUGACCUCAGCUCCAGAGAGAUCCCUGGCUCCAGGUGGAGGUGGCCUGGUGGAAGGGACCCCAGCCAGGGUAGGCAGGGGCACACCAGGAGUGCAGCAGAGAUCUUCUGGUGGGUGGGAAGAUGAGUUAGAGGAAGGCCACGAGGGGAAAGAGGAAGAGUCAGCGAAUGUUCCCACGACAUCUCGGGCACCAAGGCUGGAGGGCCCAACACCCAAGGCCCAUCUCUCAUUUGGAGGCCAAGGCCCCCUCAGAAUGGAGAACCCUGGCCUUCUGGUACCCAACGUGCCCCGUGGCAAUAGUCUGCACAACCUUCACCCGGCUCUGGAGGUCCGGAGUGUCCCCCGCGUCCUGCAUGGCCUGAGUGUAGGCCUCGGUGAAAGGGAGAAUCCUGCUGAAUGGGGGAACGCAUGGCUUCAGCGUACUCCCCACUGCCCUGGAGCCCACCAGCAGAGCCCCUUUCUGCCUCCUUCAGGUCAUUCAAACAGCCCAGGGAACCCCCUGGCAGGAACCCUCAGAGGAGAUCCAUGGAGUCUGGCUUCUGCAUAAUCAUGUGACCAUCCCCGGCUAGCCACAGCAUGGCCUCUGCAGUACCCUCCCAACAUGCACACUUCAGGGACUUCUGGGGCUGAACCCCUUCCCCGUCGUUUCUGGUGAGCACUGCAUGGGCAUGGAAUGCAAUGUCUGCAAGUGGGCCCCCAAGCAGGCUGCACAAGGGCUUGCCAGUCUUAGCACCAAGGCGUUCUGGGUGCUUCUCAUUGGGAUUUUUGGAUUCAAUAGGGAAAAGAAAAAAGGAAAACGGAUGAUACAUUUCUCCCCUUUCUUUCUGGCAUCAAACCUCACAAUCUGGCCUUGCCAGUUCUUAAAAGCAUGACAUCUUGUUUAGGACACUUCAGGGUCACUGACUUCAUUUUCUCAUAUGGGAAAUGUGUAUCUCAUGCUACAGAAGAUACACCUUAACAGAGCUUUUGAUGCAUUCCUCUUCCUCCACAAAAUAAAAGCAGAUGCUGGAUGCAGGGCCCCUCGGGCCUAUAGCAGCUUUACUGCUGCUAGCUGCUGCAACAACAGUAUUUUGUAACAUUGCUCACUUGCACACGCCACACCCUGUUGUGCUUCACAAGUGUCUUCUCCUUUAAUCCUCACAGCACAUGAAUCCCCUUUCACACGUGAGGAAAAGUAGGCACAAAUGUUAAGUGGUCUACCUACCAGGUCACACAACUAGUAAGUGAAGCUGAGAUUCAUACCUAGGCAGUGAGCACCCUUUAGGAUGCCGUGCAGUUCAAUUCCCCCAGUUAAGCCAUUGCUUACCAACAGUUGUUCGUGUUUGAUACCAAAUGUGUUUAUUCCAAUUGUAUGUGUUAUCGUUGUUUGUAAUUAAACUGAUGAACUAAGA